AAUUUACUAUUGCGUCUCUCUAAUUGCUUCAUCUUUCCUCACUUAAAAAACAUCCGCCUCGCGUUUUGCUUCACUCCUGCACGUGCCCCCAUUGCAAAUCUGUUGUCAGAGAAAUUCCAACCCCAUCCCAAACUCAAACGUUGUUAAAAUCCUAAAUUAACACAAAAGGAAAAGGUUAAAAACAAUGCAACAAAUGACUGGUUACUAUAGUUUAUGAAUUUUUAUUAUCUUAGCAUCCUUCCUGCUCAAUUCAACAGAAAAGAAAAGAAAAGAAAAAAAGAAAGAGCUCCCUUUGUUCGGUUGCCUCUUCGUCAUCUAUCGAAGAGACUUGAGAAAGUAAGGAACCUAAGACCCCAUCACAAUUUUGUUGAUAUUUUGACACCUCUGUUUGAUUAUUUGUCAAUCCAUCAUCAGUCCGAAUUCGAGAACUCCCUUAAAAAAAGGGCCUUACACCCACUAUCCUACUCACUCAUCUUCCUAUCCUGUAUCCUGUUCUUGUUGUUUGCUUGGAUGCUCCGGAAACUGUGAAAAAUAAGGACAAAAGAAAAAAACAAAAAAAUGCCCACCGAGCAAGAGCAUCAGAGGUUGUUGAGGGACCCACUCAUUGAUUCCGACGAGGAAGAGAGGGCGUACGAUUCAUCGGAAAAGGUUCACAUAGUCGGCGUCGAUGACGAUGACUAUGACGGUUACGCCACCGCGACGCCGCCAUUCUCCUGGAAGAAGCUCUGGCUCUUCACUGGGCCUGGGUUCUUGAUGAGCAUAGCUUUCCUUGAUCCGGGUAACUUGGAAGGGGACCUUCAGGCGGGUGCCAUUGCCGGGAAUUCAUUGCUCUGGCUGCUGUUGUGGGCUACCGCUAUGGGCCUUUUGGUCCAGUUACUCUCAGCUCGGCUCGGCGUGGCUACUGGCCGGCACUUGGCUGAGUUGUGCAGGGAGGAAUACCCCACUUGGGCUAGGAUGCUGCUGUGGAUUAUGGCGGAACUUGCUUUAAUUGGGGCUGAUAUUCAGGAAGUUAUUGGCAGUGCUAUUGCUAUUAAGAUUCUGAGUAAUGGUUUGUUGCCCCUUUGGGCUGGGGUGGUUAUCACUGCCUUGGAUUGCUUCAUAUUUCUUCUUCUUGAAAACUAUGGUGUGAGGAAACUGGAAGCCUUAUUCGCCGUUCUCAUCGCCACCAUGGCACUCUCAUUCGCUUGGAUGUUUGGUGAAACAAAACCUAACGGUGUCGAACUUCUUAUUGGAAUUUUGGUUCCGAAGCUAAGCUCCAAAACCAUAAAGGAGGCUGUUGGAGUUGUAGGUUGCAUCAUCAUGCCCCACAACGUGUUUUUGCAUUCUGCUCUUGUCCAGUCAAGAGAGGUUGACAGCCGUAAGGUAGGAAGGGUCAGGGAAGCUAUCAAGUACUAUUCCAUAGAGUCAACAGCUGCUCUUGUGGUUUCUUUCAUCAUCAACCUGUUUGUUACGACGGUGUUUGCAAAAGCAUUUUAUGGUACCGAACAAGCAAAGGAUAUUGGACUUGUAAAUGCUGGCCAAUAUCUUCAGGAUAAAUAUGGUGGGGGUUUGCUGCCUAUCCUGUAUAUUUGGGCGGUCGGAUUGUUAGCUGCUGGACAAAGUAGCACCAUUACCGGCACCUACGCUGGUCAGUUUAUCAUGGGAGGUUUUUUGAACUUGCGGUUGAAAAAGUGGCUAAGAGCACUGAUCACAAGAAGCUGUGCCAUUAUUCCAACCCUAGUUGUUGCUCUUGUUUUUGAUACAUCUGAGGCAUCACUGGAUGUUCUGAACGAGUGGUUGAAUGUGCUUCAGUCGGUUCAGAUCCCAUUCGCCCUUAUUCCUCUCCUUUGUCUGGUGGCCAAAGAAGAGCUUAUGGGCGUUUUCAAGAUUGGUCCCAUGGUUAAGUUGGUUUCGUGGGUUGUGGCUGGACUGAUCAUUGUCAUCAAUGGGUAUCUCUUGGUUGAUUUCUUUUCAGCUGAAGUCAGGGGAGUGGUACUUUCAACUUUUAUGUAUGCUUUCACUGCUGGAUACGUGGCGUUCAUCGUGUACCUUGUUUCACGAGGUUUUUCCUUCUUUGGCUUUUUGACCAAGAGGCUUACAGAUGCCUGCAGUUGACGUAACCAUAACAUAAUAAAUUUGACAGGCUAAAAGCUACCAUUUUGUCGAGAAUAUAUUCAAAUGGACCUUUGUUACCGCCUUGGGCGUUGAUAGGAAUCAUUUAUGGUAGUAGUAGCUUUGGCGUUCCUAUUUUAGUUGUUGUUUAGAUAAAUAUAAUGAGGUUACCUGUAAUCUUGCAGUUAUGAUUCCUGUUGUAGUAUAUCAUAAAGAUGAUAGUCGUGGAAAACAGUUGUCUAAGUGUUGUAUAUAUCCUUUCAGGAACUAUACAAGCAGGUUUUAUCUAAAAAUGUUGCAGAUGUGAUUGGUUUUCGACCUCUAGAUAAAGGGGCAGGACUAAUGUUUCUUUGUUGUCCCUUUUAAAUUCUGGCUGGUGGUAUCUUUCACAUUUUGAUAGAUACACAAACUAAAGAUAUAUUUGGUCACGGUCAUGAUCAUGAUCAGAACGAUGCAGACUAACAGAUAGUGUGCUGGUAUGCCACUGAAGUGCAGUUAGUUUUUGCAUUUGAGUGUAGAAACCUUGAAGGAGCUUUACUGGUUUGCAAGUUGGAUUAGAAGAGGCAUGCUGAAUGUGAAGGAAUCACAAGCAAUCCAACAGGAAAAUGACCAAAACAUGUUGGAUUUUGAGGUGGGAUGGAUACGCUGCUUUGUAUGGAGGAAAACAAUAAAACAAUGGCACUGACUACUCAGAAGUCAGAACUGGGUUCGAUUUAGUUGGUAAAACUAAUUCCAUCUUUCGAGAUACUAACUCCUAAUCUCCUAUCCUUUGCCCAAUAAAAUAGUAUUAGUCUGUCAUUACUAUUGCUUUAAUAUUAACCGGCGAAGCGGUUGUUUUCCGUCAAAAUGUCUGUCAUUUUCCUUUGUUCCCGUAAAGAACUGGAAACCGGAAAAGUAAAUUAAAGAGAAAGAGGUAGGUAGAGCUUUUUCUUUUUCCCGAAAACCUAAAAGAAUUGUUAUAAGGUAAAGAAAAGAGUAUGAAGC